ACUAAUAUUCUGGUGGCCAUAAUAUCAGAAUUCACCAGUGUAUAUAUACUUCCAUUCAUCUAUUGCUGGCUCAACGAAAAGUUCAGGAAUGGCGCGAAACAGUCGAUACAAAGCAUACGGCAAUGUGUUAUGAAAUGUAUUGAUGUGCCAAAGUCGAGGUCCGACGUAGGCCGACCUGGCUCAGCCAUUGAUUUAGAUACGGCUCAGACGGAAAAACUUGAUAUCGAGGACGACCCAGGCCCAAAUAGACACGACCUAAAUCGAGAUCACAAUAAGAUUGAGCUCAGACCUAAAGCCGAGGUCGGGAUCCGUGAUUUUGGGACCUCUGCACACCCGCACGUCAUUGACUGAUAUUCAAUAAAACCAAUAUCAAUAGACUUUUAUAGACGCUUAUAUAAUCUAUAUAUUGUUAUAUAUUAUAUAUUCUGUAUAUAUACGGGCAACUUAUUCCGAGUUUUUGCAUUAUUAGUAUAUCUGAGAACCAUAUGACACACAAUACGCAAUGCGAUACCCAAAGAAUAUUCUGUAAUAACCGAUAAAAUAAGUUAUUCUCGCGAUAAGAAUAGUAAUAACGUUAUUCUGGCGAUAAGUUUUACUUUUACAUCCAAAACACAUACAGAUAAAUUAUAUACGGUAUAUACAGUAAAGGAC